ACAACCAUUUAUCCCGCCCCUCGGAUUGAGCUCCGUCAAUGGUAAGUUCCCAGACCCAACAUCUUGAUGUGGGUUUGGUUUGUCAGGCUUAUAUGGCAUAAGAGAUGUCAGAAAAUCAGCGAUUACAUUUUUUGAGCGUCACAACCCUGCGAAAUGACUUGUUUCACUGUCAGAAUUUGAUCCAUUUGGUCCGAAAACAUUUGGAAAAGGUAGAAGAGCACGAUUAAAUAAUUUAUUCCCUAUUCAAGUUAGCCGGAGUGCUAAACAGGAUGUAGCCGGCAGAAGUCUCUAGUGCGCCUCCUCUAUGGGCCACACAGUGUGGAAGUAGUGCCGAUCAUCCGAGUAAUUUUAGACGUGGCAGUUGAACUUUUCUAGCUUCAUGCACCACUGAACAACUCUCAUAGGAAUGAGUGGGGGCCCCGCUUCCAACACUGUAUCCAGUUCUCUUUAUACAUCCAUAUGGCGCUAUUCUCUGUUCUUCACUGCUGGUAGGCAUUCUUCUUCGGCAUUUAGCCAGAGACUAGAACAGUUGUACAGUUACAGUUGUAGCGGUUAUGCUACCCACGUCAGGUCCGGAAGAAUUGCAUCCCUCGGUACCUCUGGUACCUGCGGUACUGGGUACUGUAGAAAAACAAGUACAUCACGUUUUUAGAAUUUUGGCAUUGACUUGGUAAGUAUCGGUUCUUGUAACAUCCCUAGUGGGGAACACAAUUGAAACACAAAUGGCCAUUUAAGUGACACUCCCAUACUGCCGCACAACCCUGUGCUAAUCGCCGCAACGCCUGAUUUGGUGUGAAUGCAGCCUAAGCCAAUGUUAGGUACUAAACCUUAUUUAUUUAAACUUUUUUAUUGCUGAUGUUGAGCUUGUGGACAACCUGUUUUUCAGUAUUUAUUAUUAUUUUCAAUAAAUGCAUUGUAUCUUAUACUGUUACAUGUUUAGACGGUUGAAUACUAAUGCUGCACUGCCUAGUGGGUUGUCAUUCCUUUUUAGAUCGCUCUCCCAAAUUCAGAAAUAUAUCAGACACACCCUUUGAAAGGUUAGGCAUACUGUAUGAGUUACAACAAUGGCCUGUAAGCAUUAUUAUUCACUGAAAUGUAUGGAAUGCAGCCAAAAGGGUUACCUUAUUAGUUUAGAGUAUGUAUUUUCUGACGUUUAAACAACUUGAAUAAACUGGUGACACACAAUGUUUGCGUCUUUAUGAACAAUGUAUUUUUGUCUUAUUCAGAUGUUUUUAAAGUUGCAGAGUAAAAUGUUUUCUUCAAUGGUGCUAAAUAUAAAGAGGAAUAUGCAUUGUUUUAAUUUAAUUCAUAUGAUUUUUGCAGGUCAAUACAUUGAUAGGAUCCACCAUCUGUACGUCCAUUAUGGCGCCCCCUGCUGAUUCAAACUGCUCUACUGCAGCUUUAUGAUUAAAUCCUGCUCUGCUUGACUGGAAAUUGUAUUGAUCUAAAUUGUAUUGGCUGAGCGCUUAUUAGACAAACAUAUAUUGGGUGACUGUACAUUGGCUCACUGUACACUGAAAUGUUGAACAUACAUACAAUAACGGUGCUUAGAUGGCAAAUAUUUAAGCAACAAAAUUACUGCUUUUCAUAACCCUACCGGUUACACCUGGCAAUGUGAUCUUCUCAUCCACUUUUUCUUUGAUCUUAUAAAAAGCUGUGGUAAUCAGGUGAUUUAAGUGUGUCUCUGCCGCAGCAUGACAUACAGUACCUAGUGGCAUUAACGGUGUGUAGAAGAUUAGGCAGCACACAGAGCUUACUUGUUACUUACCGCUCGCUGCUUCUUCCCUCUGCAGUCAGUGAACUCAGCUCUACUGGGACAGCGUCUAAUGACUUCAUAUCUGUUGAGUUUGCAAUGAAUGAAAAUGUAUAGAAUGUUGCUGCACGGCAAUAUGACUUAGACUCUGUUCCCAGAUCCAUCUGUGUUUUUUCCACAGAAACUGAUUCCAUCUGAAGAUGGGCACGAUGAGGUUAUAUCCACUGCUGUUGCUGUUUGGGUCCUUCCAAAGAGCCGUUUCUCAGUUUCCUGGAUGGAUGGGUGAGGUGGAAGGUAGUGGUGAGACAGAAUGGAUUUCCCAACCAGAUUUCAUAGAAGACAUAUAUUGGUCCGGGUCAGCGCCCCUUUGUUUAGGAGGUUGUAAGGCGCGGCACCAGGAGCUGAAGAGAGAUCGUUGUGGAGACUCAAGCUGCUGCUGGCUCGGCUACAAGUCCCUAUGCAGGGUGAACUGUGGGAGGCCCGAUGUGGACUAUAAUGGACAAGUGUAUGGUAAUGACUGGUGGGUGGGCUCUGUGGUGAGGUACUCCUGUCGCCCUGGCUUCAUGCUGGUGGGAAACCCUACCAGAUCUUGCCAGCCUAAUGGCCUCUGGACCCAGAAACCUACCUGCCUCAGAAUGUGUGCGCGGGGACGCAUUGAAAUCAGUGAGAGUGAACUGAAUGGGACUUGCAACUCCACCUGCGCAUACAAGAGCUACUUUGGCCCACCCAAACAAGGCUGCACUCGGAUAGACAACUGUUAUAAGAAGGAGACUGGCUGGAAGCGGUUCUUUGCGCUGUGUGUCCCUUGCAUUUGUGACUGCGCUUUAUCUUGUGGUGAGAAGCUUCCCCGCCACACUGUCGAGCACAAUUGAUGAACUGAUGUAAAGGGAGCAUGUUGCAAUGUGUCAGUGAAAUUACCUUGACUGUGGUUAAUUAUUGCUUCAAACAUGAAUUUGCUGUCUUUCUUUAAAGAAGUCCAUGCAAAGAACACUUUUGACUUUUUAUUUUUAGCAUUUAGCAUUUACAGGCUAAAACAUGGAGAAACAGUUAGACAUCAGAUUAGUGAGAUAUACACAGCUUGUACACCGCAAAGCCACGCUAUGGUCUUGCUGCUUCAUCCAAUUGUGUAGACAAAUCACUCUGCCUCGUUGCUCCUCCUCUUAGUCCAUCUGUCUUGGCGGAAGAUGAAACCUUAAUCUUGUUUCAAAGGGAGGAGCUUUGGUCGGGGAGGUUGAGUCAGAAUUAACACAGUGUUGUAGACCUUAUAAGCAGAUUGUUUUAUAGGUAGUAGACUAUGUGCACUUUUUAAUAUUUAAAUUAUUUGUUGUGGAAAAAUGGCACAUUUAUUUUUGUUGUCAAAUCAAAUCUUUAUUUUUAUAUAGAUGGAAUGCGUGAAUCUGCAGUCAUUUCCUGCUGUCAUAAGCUGUUGCCACAGUUGUAUGCAUCUCACUUCCCAGUGUUAUUUAUCUGCACUCAAACAGUUUUGAUUGGCAGAACGCUUCCAGGCAUAUGAUAUUUCUUUGUAUAUUGUCUGUGUAGUCUUCAAAUUAUUUGUUGUAUUCAUUACUAAUACCCCAUCUAUAUUUAAAGUUAAAAAGCAUUCACAAAAUGCUAAAAAAUGUUGCAUAUAUUUUUCAAAUAGUGCCAUUAUGUGAUUCUUUUUUUCAUAUGUUUGA